UGGGAUGCCAAGGCACGGCUCACCUGUACCAGGGUGCCCUGGGGGAAGCGUUUCUGUGCUGAGUGACCCAGCUGUCCCGAGCAGCCUCUGGCCCUGGCAGCAGGCUGGGAGUGAGCACACAUGUGCCCGGCGAGCCAGGGCAGAGAAGCGAGCCAUUGUCCCGCGUAGGGCCAGCCCCGCGGGCACCGCCCGGCCCCGGUGCCAGCUGCCGGCUGGGACACGGGGCUGUGCCAUGGCCGGGCUGCUCCGGCCAGCGGUCACCGCGGUCCUGCUCUGCCUUGCUGUGAGCCUGGAGGCCAGCCCGGAGCUGUCCGGGUACCUGCGCAAGGUGCUGAGGAACCACACUGCCCACACCUGUGAUGGAGAGCAGCUCCUCAUCGUCUGCCCCCGCAAAACCACCAUCAGCAUCCUGGGGGCUUUCUAUGGGCGCCGGGUGCCCAGCACCAGCCUCUGCCCCAGCCCCGACAAUGCCUCCCAGGAGAGCACCGAGUGCACGUCUGCCACCGCCCACCUGAAGCUGCUGGCUGAGUGCCAGGACCAGCAGUGGUGCCAGUUCUCAGUGCACAGCCAGGUCUUUGGGCCAGACCCAUGCCCUGGGACACACAAGUAUCUCAUCGCUUCCUACAAGUGCCGUCCAGGGAACCAUCGGGUCAAGACCGUGUGUGAGAAUGACAAGCUCAGGCUGCAGUGUCGACCAAAAUCCAUCCUGGCCAUUUAUUCUGCAAGUUAUGGACGAUUCCUGCGGGGCAAACCAGAAUGUGAUGCCUUGAACACUGGAGAACCCCAUAUAGAGUGCGUGGCUCCAGACGCUCUGCGCAGGGUCUCCAAGAAGUGCCACCGCAAGGGGAACUGCACUGUGGCUGCUGACAAGGCCACCUUCGGGGACCCGUGCCUCCCCGGCAUGAAGAAGCAGCUGCGAGUCUCUUACACCUGUGUGCCCAAGCAGCUGCUGGAGGAGGUGGGCCCUGACACCUCGGACCCCUUCCUGCUCUCGGACUACAUGCACGGUGGCUGGUACAAAGGGCCCAGGUUCUCCAGGCUCCAGGAAGACCGCAUGAUUUUUACUAGCUCUCUGGCAGCUUUUGCUCACCUUUGGGGUGUCCCAGAGAAAGUUGCCCUUUACUUUCUUUGUGGAGUCUCGGGAGGCCUCAUGCUGCUGCUGUGCAUCAUCAGCCCCAAAACAACCUUCCUGCAGGAGGUGGGGGAGGCUCUCAAAGACCCAGAGCUGGGGAGCAGCUCAGAGCUGGGCAGGACCAAGCUGCGGGAUGAGCAGGAUGAAGACGUCCCUGAUGACAGCUCCUCAGACUCCUCCUUCCGCCGCCUCACCCGCACCUACCGGGCUGCUGACAGCAUCUUUGGCCCUGAGCUGACAGCAGCUAUGGAGGGAGCAGGGGAGCACCAGGGCCACAGUGGGGACGAAAUCUGGAUGCCCAGGGAGUCAAGCCCAUAUGCCAUACACAAGAUCAAAUCGGCCACCAAAUAAGAACUGGAAGAAAAUGGCCGGAGUGCAGCAGAGGGGUGCAGGCUCAGUGGGAUCUGAAAUCAGAGAGACAUAAGAGUUUGGGCUCCUUGGGGUGACUGGACAUCCUGAGCAGCAGCAGGGUCUGUGUGCAUCAGCCCACUGCUCCACCAGCAUGGAAACCUCUAACUGGGGGUGACAUGCAGACCCUCGGUGUGGUGAGGGGCUGUGUGAUGCUUCUGUGGGCCAUGGGCUCCUUUGCCACAGACGCCACUAACCCUAACCUAACCUCCCUGUUCUCAGCUUGCAUUGUCUGGCUCUAGAGUUUAACCCUGCUCAGCUGUGCCAAGCCCACCCUGAGCCCUUUGAGGCUGCUUGCUCCUAUUCCUGCUUGGGUGCUGGCUUCCACUCCUGAUGCUGCAAACACACCCUGCACUCGGGCACUGUGUCAGCAGCAGAGGCAGGAAUGGCCAGGACAUAGGGAGAGGCAGGUGGAGUGGGUGUGCAAGCACAGCACAGCCCCACUGUGGUGCAUGCCAUGCAGCUCUGCUGUGCCAAGGGAGCUACUCCCUGGCUGUGGCCACUGGCAGCUCAGCACAACACAGGCUCUCACCUCCCUGCAGGCAUUCAGGAGCUCUGUCACCCCGUGUUGCUCUAUGCUUUCUUCUCUACUUUCCUCAGUGGCAGGAGAGCCCCAAGUUUUAACUUGCUGUGUUUUUUCCCAGUCAAUAAAUGCAACAGCUCUUUGGCACAAUA